CGGAGUGCAGAGCUAACAGUUUGACACUAGGUUUUUUUUUUCUUUAUUUCUCAAUCUGACUCCUCUUUCCAGUUUUUACUCGCUCCCUCUCUCUCUCUGCCUGAAGCUUGUGGGUUGAACUUUUAAGCUCCCUGGCAGUGCUUCACUGGUAGCUGUGAAACGAAACAGCCUCUGUCCAUGAGUAAGGGAAAGAGAGAGAAAGGAAAGAGUGGAUGAGCAAGACAGAGAGAGGGAGAGCAAAAGGGGAUCAGACGCACUAAAGAUUGGGCGACACAGAUCCAGCAGAAGCUGGACAGAGAAAGAUCAAGACAGACAGGAGAAUGUCUCACCGGCUGCGGUUGUAUUUUGGCUCUGGUCGCAGUAAUACUGCACCUGAGUUAGAGCAGCUUAAUGGGAUGGCAGAGGAUCAGGAAGAGAAUGCUACCAGUAACGGGAGAGACUACAGCAGUGUUGGAGCCAUGAUGUCCCCUACGCGGCCACGAAGCGGAGGACUUGCUGAGAACCCAGAGUUGGGUACAGCUGCUGUUUCUGAAGCCUCUCUUAAGCGAAGUUCUUCCAUGUUCAUCCCACAGCUCCAGAGUCAAGCUGAACCACGGAUGACCAAGAGCACCUCUGUGCAGAUAUCGCUCCAACGCUCCAGUGUUCCCCAAGAAGAUGCGUCAUCCCUUGAUCCACCUCCGGAAUACCCCCAGGAGCCAGCUCCACCCUACAUUGAACCUGGUGAAGAUUGGCAUUUACCUCCACCUCCACCCUACCACAGAAGAGAGAACUCAUCGUGCCACAAUGUGGACCAAAGUCAACCAGGCUCUGAGCCCAUCCUAGCUAAGAGACAAGUCUUUUGUGUCCGGCCAAGUGAUGGGCAAAAUGGACAUGCCAUUGUAGGUAUACCCAAUGGAGGUCCCCAAGGGAUAAACGUUGGAGGUUUCUCUAUUCGACGAAGAUCUGCGGAUGGCUCAGAUGUCCAGCAGUUUAGGAUCAUGCCAUAUAGUGAAGAAGGCCAAAAUGGCUUAUGCCACCACUGGCACGUCCGCCAAAACACAAAUGGAAGCCCUGGCACACAGAGACUUGUCUUCCAACUUCAACAGGACCAAGGAUGGCACACAAACACAAAUUCUCAAGCUGAAGUGACUGAUGAAGUGACUGGCUUCACAAAUUCUAAAGCUGGGCGUGUGGUGCGAUACCCUCGGAUCCAACUUGAGAGGAGUGCUUCUCAGCCGUUACAAUCCAGAGGAGUUCCUUCACGCCUCGGAUCGAUGCCAAAUCUUUAUGCCCCAAUCUCAGAAAUGGAAACGGAGAGUGAGGUUGUUGAGAACAGAGCUCGAGGUUGCACUUUUGAAAUUAGGAAGGAGCAAAAUCCCAGGCAGCCCAAGUUUAAGAUAUAUUUCAGCCAGGGAGGCGAGCACAGUCCCACCCUAUCACGGGAUAUUAGUUUUGGAAAGGUGCCUGUCUGCAUCAACUCACAGGCUCACUUGGGUCAUGAUCGCUCCAAGAAUGGGCUUUUCAACCUCGGUCAGACCAGAGAUGACUUCCUUGGGCAGGUGGAUGUACCUCUCAACCAUUUACCGACGGAGGACCCAGCGAUGGAGCGGCCGUACACGUUUAAAGACUUUUUGCUUCGCCCGAGGAGUCAUAAGUCUCGAGUGAAAGGCUACCUGAGGCUGAAGAUGGCCUAUCUGCCAAAAAACGGCGGCCAUGAGGAGGAGACCAGUGAGACGAGAGAAGAGGCUGAGGGCUGGGAGGUGACCGAUUCUGCAGAUCCAGGCUCCCAGAGACCUCAACAGCUCCUGCCUCCACUGCCUCCUGGCUGGGAAGAAAAGGUGGAUAACCUGGGUCGGACCUACUACGUCAACCACAACAACCGCACCACACAGUGGAAAAGGCCCAGUAGUGUGGAUGUGGUUUCAGAAACGGAAAAUGAUAAUCACUUGCAGCAGAUUAACCAGGAAGCCCACCGAGUUUUCCGCUCGCGACGGCACAUUAGUGAGGACCUGGAAAACGAGCAAAUGGACAUCAGAGACAUCGAUGACCCUUGGGAGCCCAUAUCAGAAGAGGACCCAGCUUUAAUGAGUGAUGUACUGAAUCAUUCUUUGUCCGGACCCUCCUCUCUCGCAAUUCCCCCCCUUUCAAGCACUCCAGAGAUCUCUGAUGAGAUCAGCCUUAGAUUGUCUCUUGCUCCAGACAUGAAUGGAGAAAUCCCAGGUCCCAGCUCUGCUGUGCAGAGUCAUCAGUCUUCUCGGCUGCGCUCCUCUAGUAUGACUGAUGGAGUGAGUGAUCAGGCUCAACCUCCCACACCAACGCAGAGCUCCCAGACCCGACGAACAAGAGCACAAACGGUCACAGGCGUUGAGGAAACCAUGUCUCCGUCGACCAGCUACGCCAUGACCACGCCAGGUCUGCCACCAGGCUGGGAGGAGCGCAAGGACCCCAAGGGACGGACAUACUAUGUCAACCACAAUAACCGUAGCACCACCUGGACACGCCCCAUUCUGCAGCACACUGAAGAUGGAGUUAGUACCUCAUCUGCUGAAGCAGGGGGCGCUACAGCAGCCACGCCCCCAGCUUCCACCCCUUCCUCCUCCAGCGGCCAUCUAAGUGAACCACAAGUGCGCAGACCCCGUAGCCUCAGUUCCCCCACAGUCACACUCUCUUCCACCCUAGAGGGAGCGAAUAACUCCAAGAUACGGCGAGCAGUGAAGGACACAUUUUCCAAUCCUCAGUCUCCACAGCCCUCUCCCUACAGCUCACCCAAAUCCCAGCACAAAGCAAACCAGAGCUUCCUACCCCCCGGCUGGGAAAUGAGAAUAGCACCCAACGGCCGGCCUUUCUUCAUCGAUCACAACAGCAGAACAACCACCUGGGAGGAUCCACGGUUAAAGUAUCCUGUUCACAUGAGGACAAAAGCAUCUCUAGACCCCGGUGACCUCGGCCCACUUCCUCCUGGGUGGGAGGAACGAGUGCAUGCAGAUGGAAGAACAUUCUACAUCGACCACAACACCAAAAAGACGCAGUGGGAAGACCCUCGCCUUCAGAGUCCUGCUAUCACUGGUCCUGCGGUGCCAUAUUCAAGAGAAUUCAAGCAGAAAUACGACUAUUUCAGGAAGAAAUUAAAGAAACCGGCAGAUAUUCCUAACCGUUUUGAGAUGAAGCUGCACAGAAAUAACAUCUUUGAAGAAUCGUACAGACGGAUCAUGUCUCUAAAGAAACCCGACAACCUGAAGGCCCGUCUGUGGAUCGAGUUUGAAUCGGAGAAAGGUCUGGACUAUGGAGGCGUGGCAAGAGAAUGGUUCUUCCUGCUCUCCAAGGAGAUGUUCAACCCUUAUUAUGGGCUGUUUGAAUACUCGGCCACAGAUAACUACACACUCCAGAUCAAUCCGAACUCCGGCCUCUGUAAUGAAGAUCAUCUCUCAUACUUCAAGUUCAUCGGUCGGGUUGCAGGCAUGGCUGUGUAUCAUGGCAAGCUAUUGGAUGGUUUCUUUAUUCGACCGUUCUACAAAAUGAUGCUGGGCAAACAGAUCACACUAAAUGAUAUGGAGUCAGUGGACAGUGAAUACUACAACUCUCUGAAGUGGAUACUAGAAAACGACCCCACAGAACUGGACUUGCGGUUCUGUAUUGAUGAGGACAACUUUGGACAGACUUACCAGGUGGAUUUGAAGCCAAGCGGAUCAGACAUGGUUGUAACCAAUGACAACAAAAAGGAAUACAUAGACUUGGUGAUUCAGUGGAGGUUUGUGAACAGAGUACAGAAGCAGAUGAAUGCCUUUUUGGAGGGUUUCACUGAACUCAUUCCUAUCGACUUGAUAAAGAUUUUUGAUGAAAACGAACUGGAGCUGUUGAUGUGUGGUCUGGGAGAUGUAGACGUGAAUGACUGGAGGCAGCACACGGUCUAUAAGAACGGUUACUGCCCAAAUCACCCUGUGAUACAGUGGUUUUGGAAGGCUGUGUUGUUAAUGGAUGCUGAGAAGAGAAUCAGACUUCUGCAGUUUGUCACCGGAACAUCCAGAGUGCCAAUGAACGGCUUUGCUGAACUCUACGGUUCCAAUGGGCCGCAGUUGUUUACAAUAGAGCAGUGGGGGACACCUGACAAACUCCCUCGAGCUCACACGUGCUUUAAUCGCCUGGACCUCCCCACUUACGAGUCGUUUGAGGACCUGCGGGAGAAGCUUUUGAUGGCAGUGGAGAACGCCCAAGGCUUCGAGGGCGUCGACUAAUCAGAUCCCUUCGUACACAUGUGCUCUCCUAACACAACUGACAAGCAGAGACAUGAACAUGAAACAUACACGUAUACUCACAUGUACACAUACUCUCAAGUUGCCAUUGUACAGCCAAAUCCCAGCAGUCGCAGGUGUGUGAUGUCAAAACAGUAUAUGCAUGUAUCAGUUUAGCUGGAACACCAUUGGCUGUGGACAUGUUUUUGAGUUGCCAAACAGCUCUACGAUAUCCUUCAAACAAUAUUCACUACCAACACUCUUUCAUUUUUAUUUUUAAAUCUAUCUCUGAGGCCAUGGUAACUUUUGUAUCAGCAGUGGUUUGGAGAUAUUGAAAGAAUUUGCUCUGAUACAUGUCAGUGUUGAACGGGUGGCCUCAGAGUGGCCGUGGCCUUGAUACAACAUAAAAACGACCACUGUAACCAGUCAUGUUUCUGCAUCAAUACCACAAACGUAAUGCUGAACUAUUUUAUCAGGGCUUAAUACCACCAGAUUACCUUAGGAAUCGCAGCCAGGAUAAAGGACACACCCUUAUCCUCACCUAUCCCGCCGACUACACCAAGUUUCCACUUCCUUCAUCGAGGAUUAUUUUUUUAUCUUCUUUUGCAAGCCAAUAAGCAACAGGAUGUUGAUAAUUGUUUUUAAUAGUUUAUUAUGGCUGUUAUUAUUAUCAUUCUUACUGAGUAAAUGGAAAUUUGUACCAACAAAGUGGUUUACUAUUUUAAGCAAAGUUAUCAAAAAUGCAUCAAUGGCCUAGCUAUAUUCAAAUAAAUAUCCAUAUCAUUGUGGGUAAAAAAAAACAAAAAAACAUGAUCAACAUGGUUAUUGUAUUGCUAUGAAAACUGGCAUGAACAUGCAUCUUGUGUUUCAAUAUGAUUACGUAGUAAUUAUAAAGCUAUUCUCCUUCUUGGUUGAGAGUAAGAUCGAAAAGAAGCUACGGAUAAAUAUGGACAUGCAUUGAACAUGUAAAUUAGUUUGUCGCAGAGGGUUUUCUUCUAUUAUAAUAAGUAUUGUUCUUAUCUUUAUUAUUAUUAUAAUGAAACCUGUUCAUAAUGUUGUAAAUUAGUUUGUUUUGGGGAAAGAAACCAUUGGAUUCUUCUACUGUACGUGUUAAAUCUGUUCAAAGUAUUAAUGAGCGGCACAGAGUGAAGCUAUCUUAAAAAGCGCUGUGAUUUAACACUGCAAGUCUCGUAGACUUUCAGUAUGUAAACUUUCUGUCUGUCUUUCUUUUGUUCUUUUUUCUUCUAACAUCACUAUACCUAAAAGGGCACUUUAUUGAUCACACAUUAGGGUCACGUCACCUUUUUAUUUGUGAACUUGAAUAUGAUUAUAUAUUUUAUUUCUUUUUAAGGCACUUAGUAACAUUGGUGCAAUAUCAAUUGUUAAUAAGCUGCGUGCUGCUACCAUAUCAGUCAUGGAGCAGGGCUUUCGGAUUAUAGCUUGCCCCAGCUGAUCUAGAGUCAGUUUGGCUACUCUUCCUUAAAGGGAUAGUUCACCCCCAAAAAAAAUUCUGUCGUUUCCUCAGCCUCAUGAUGUUCCAAAGUCAUUAGGCUUUUUUUCUUACAUGGAAAACAAAAGGAUGUUUGGAACAACAUGAGGGUGAGUAUAUGAUUGCAGAAUUUUCAGUUCUGGGUGAUCUAUCACUUUAAAUGAUUCACAAUUGAAUUGGACAAGCUGAUAACUGUUCCCAGAUCAGUUGUGUAAGAGCGAGCUCCAUCUGGAGUAAAACUUCAGACUGGUUCUUUUUGUAUUUUCUUUUUCCAGGUUUUGAUCUGUAAACCUCCUCACUCACACUUUCCGGGCCUCUGAUAUGAUAAUAUUAUGAUUAUUAUUGUUGUUAUAAAUUACCCUUCCUUUUUUUUAGGGCAGUUCUUUUUUUAUUGAUGAGGAACAUUUACUUUGGUUCCUGCUCACCACAAGACCUUGCGAUUCGUAUAAUUCGUUCAAAAUAAACUGAAAAAUUG